AUGGACGACAAAGCAGUCUGGGACGACUCUGCUCUCGUCGACUCCUGGAACGAAGCUCUAGAGGAGUACAAGAAAUACCACAGCAUCCACGCAAAAGGCGGCAGCGUCAAAGAUCUUCUUGCUGAGGAGUCAUCAAGAGGCAGGCCCACGGCCUCAAAGUGUGAUGACCAUGUUGCUGGGACGCCGGCGGCGGUGGCCCUAGAGGGUGGCGACGAGGACCAAGCCAUGUCCACGAAUGGCGAGAAGGCGGAAAAGGACACGAGGCCCGGCAGGGGAGAUCCGGCACUGCACGACGGAACAAACCAAGUUCCAGUUGCAUUCUCACCACAGGCAGUCAUGGGCUCCAUCCAGGACGAGAGUCUCAAGAGGCUCAUGAUGUCGUGGUACUAUGCGGGAUACUACACCGGCCUCUACGAAGGAGAGCAAAAGGCUCAAAAGCAACUGAAUGAACAGUAA